AUGUCAGCAGAGGACGGUUGGAAUGUUUUGAAUGAACCACUUCAUGGGAUUUAUAUCCCCUCACUUUUGUUCACCGUUGGUAUCAUUGUAUUCACGGUUAUGAGUAAUGAUUUGAAAUUCUUGCUAGGUUUCGUUAUUUUGGGCGCUAUUUUGGCUUACAGAAUGGUUGUUGCACGUAGCCGUUUAAAGUCCAUCUACAGUGACAGAUGGACUGCUUUGGAGCUUGAGGAUCAAACAAUUGUCUCUAAGAACACAGCUAUCUAUCGAUUCAAAUUAAAGACAUCUUUAGAAUGCUUGGAUAUUCCAACAGGCCACCAUCUGGCGGUGAGAAUUCCGCUUGAAGAUAAGGAUGAAAUCAGAUAUUACACUCCAAUCUCAAAUAAAUUUGAAACUGGUCAUUUUGAUAUAAUGGUAAAGUCUUAUGCAGACGGACAAGUGUCGAAAUAUUUCGCUUCUUUGAGACCUGGACAAACGGUCGAUUUUAAAGGACCAGUUGGUAGAUUCGCCUACGAGGCUAAUUCUUCGAAGCAUAUCGGUAUGAUUGCAGGUGGUUCUGGUCUUACUCCUAUGUUGCAGGUUUUAAACACCAUCAUCACAACUCCUACAGAUUUGACGAGGGUGACUCUGCUAUAUGCGAACGAAACGGAAAAUGACAUUCUAUUAAAAGACGAACUUGAUGAAAUUUCCGAGAAAUAUCCAAACUUCUUGGUUCACUAUUUAGUCAACCAUCCUUCUAGCUCAUGGCAGGGAGAAGUUGGUUGGGUUACCAAGGAAAUCAUGUCAAAAUACCUUCCAGACCCUUCUGCUGAAAAUAGAUUAUUGAUUUGCGGUAAACCAGAAAUGAAGAAAACCUUACUUAAGUACGCCGAAGAAUUGGGCUGGCCAAAAGGUAUCUUGAAAUCGAAUCCUGAUGAUCAAGUCUUUGUCUUCUGA